GAUUUUUGACGCAAACAUUUUGAAUAAAAAAUGUGUUCACGCACUAGUGUGUUCACUGUUUUCGGAGUUGUGAUCCUCAUUAUUCAUCUGCACACUCAAUAUUCAUACGAACUUAAAAAUUCAAAACAGCAUUUUGAAAGUUUAAUUCACAAUUCAGCUAAGAAGUCUGCUUUCAUAAAUGUUUACAAAUCAGAACUAACUCGUCGUUCUGUAACCUUAGAACAAUUCAACUUGUCAUCGGAAGUAAUCAACUAUGCUGGAAGAAUUGGACAUAUUAUCAAAGCAUUGGAAAACUCUUUGAAGAUGCUUGUUUCUUGGACAGAAGAAGAAAUCUCAAAGUAUUCUUGGAACCCGAAGUUAUUGUCAAAGGGCAUGAAGUAUAACGAUCUUCGUGAAUUGAAGCCAGAUGAUGACCGAUUAACUGAUCAACCUGGUUAUCAAUUUAAAGUAAUGCUGAACAAGUCUGGUGUUCAUCUACCAGUGGAAGUAUAUGGUGGAGAUCCUACAGUUUUUCAUACUCUACGAUGGACUGAAGUAUUAGAUUCUAUAUUUCCAACUGAACCAAACUUACAUUUUACUUAUUUUGCAAGUUUAACUGGAAUUCUUCGUGUGUAUCCAGCAUUCCCUUGGAGAGAAAAAACUGUUGACAUGUUCGACGUUCGUAAACGAUCCUGGUUUAUACAAGGUUCUUCCGUUCCCAAAGAUUUAUUCAUAUUACUUGACACGAGUGGAAGCAUGACCGGUCAAUCGUUAAAACUGGCUAACUUAUCAGCUCAAAAGUUGAUUGAAUCUCUUGAUGUCGAUGACUACUUUACAGUAGCUCAUUUCCCUGGGGCAAAAGAUCAUGUCGCUCCCAUGAUAGUGACAGCAAAUAACGAAAGUGAACCUAUUUGUUUCAACUCAUUUGUUCAAGCAACUAAACGCAACAAGUUGCGUUUGUUUCAUGAUAUGAGUACUCUGAAGGCACGAGGUUAUUCAGAUUUCUCAGGAUCACUGAAAUUUGCCUAUGAAAUGUUUCGUAACCUAACUGGAAGCGCAAGAGGUGAUCGCGGUAAAGAGAUGAGAAAUAAAAUUCUUGUCCUAAUGACAGAUAAUGCAUUCGUCUUUGAUGAAUCUGUGCUGUCGCAACUCAAACAACAAAAGUCGAAUAUUACUACGUUUAUUUACUCACUUGGUGAACCUGUUGGUGCAGCCUAUGAGCAUACAGUGAAAGCAUGUGCGACAAAUGACUAUUAUCAGUAUUUACCAACAGUUGGAGCAGUUUCGAAUUUAAUGAAGGAUUUUCACGAUAAAGCAACGCAAAUACGUUUUGGACCAAAUAAAAGUCCACUGCCAACUGCAGUUAUUCUACAUGGUGCAUCAGAUAUUUUGCAUACAGACCAGUAUAAAGGCACUGGUUUAAUGGUCAGUAUAUCUAUGCCUGUUUACAACAGAACAAAAAAGUUAGAAUUUCUGGGUCUAAUGGGUACUGAACUACCUAUCACUUUAAUGACGACUGGAUUACCUCAAUCAAAGCUCUUUCCAGUUGGGUAUGCAUUCGUUGUCAAUACUAAUGGCUACUUAGUUUUUCAUCCAAGUUUAGUCCCUGAGUAUACCUGGUUAGAUGAUACUCCAUAUUUAGACUUUCUUGAUGUUGAGCUGAAUGUCUAUGGAUCAAAGACUAUGAUAAGAAGGAAGUUAAUUGAUAAUGUUAGAGGAUGUGAACACGUUACCGAUUUUAUUAAAGUAUCAGAUAAUAUACACACGUAUGUUAAGCCACGACUUUACUCAUUUACUAGAUUACCGAAUACAGAUUUCGGAGUGGCUUUUGUUGUGCCUACUGAUCAACACUUAUUUUUAAACAUACCUAAAGAUGUUGGAUUUUCGAUUAGUACACAUUCAUCAGGCGAUUAUAUGAUUGAUCAAGUUCCAAUUCAAAAUUUAAUCAGAAAAGCAAAGGUUAUUCUACCAUGGAAAGCCAUAGAUCCAUAUUAUAAAAUAAAUUAUCACUUCUUCAAUCUGGAGUCAGCUGAAGAACAUGCUAAGCUUCAUAAAGAUGAAGAUGAGUUAGAAUGGAGAAUUAUGGAAUCACAGAAUCUGAAUGGAAAGGAUGAUAAAAAUAAUGACCAACAACCACUGACAGCAGAAGACUUAGAAGAAACAGGCGAUAUGAAUGCAGAUAAACAAACUGAAUAUGUUGAAGAUGGAAAUAGCACACAGAAGUAUCCAUCAGUGGUAAUUAUGAGUAAUGAAUCCACUUCAGCCCACAUUGAAAUUGUAUCGGAUAAUACUCUUUGCGUAGAUAAUACAAAUUCUACUGAUUGUUUAUCAGAAAAACCAUUACUUCCCAGAAAAGUGUCUAUUCGUAGUGUACAGUUUAUGAAUGGUGAUAAUGGUGAUAAAUCAGGAAAUCUGGUUGAUGAUAUUGAUACUGAUAACACCACCAAAACAACAACAACAAGUAUGGAGAAAUCUGAUCCACUUUUAGUUUUACCAUCAAAAGACGCUAAAGAAACAACGGUUGCACAGCCAAGUGAAUUAGUAACGUCUUCUUUGAAUUUAUCAAACAGUCAUAGUUUUGAGGUCAACAGUGAAUUUAUGUCUUCCAGCCUAUCAUCAGAAUUAACUAAACUGCAAACGUCACCUACGUUAGCCUUUACGACAGAAGUUGUUGAUUUUCAGCUAACAAAAAAUGAAGCAUAUAUAUUAGGAAAUAAUACCGAUAAUCCGGCUACCGUAUCCACAGAAGCAACAAAUACUGGCAAUUUAGUGCUUGAACCUGUAACACAAAUGGUAACAGAUGAAAAAUGGGAUGAAAUUUCAGAGUUAAAUCAGGUAGACACUGAAGAACAAGUACAGAUGAAUGAUUUCAAAAGAUUUCUUGAUCAAAUAAAAAAUGUUAACUUUAGUCAAUCGGAAUUGUUAUUGCAGAUACUACUGGAGAUUAUUGUCGCUGAAAAAGAUGUUACAGAAUCAGCUGAAUCAGUAAAAUUCGAUGGUGAUAUACGCUCCCGAACAAUAGCUUUAAACACUGGUUUAAUAUGGACAUUACCAAUCAAUUCCACUGAAGACUUUUAUGACGAACUGAAACACUGGCCCAACUCACCUAUUUUUCAACGUGUAUUCGAUUCACAUGGCUUAAUAUUUUGGAUAUCUUUAAGAAGAAAUCAAGAUAAGUCAGAUGAUAACCAUAAUUCUUCAGUAAAAGGUAGCAAAUCAAAUAUAACUGCAACACCUUUCAAGGAUCAAAUCACAUUUACCCAUGAUAUAGAGGACUUGUUACGAACAGAAGGAAGUCCAGAGGCACAAACUGAAAAGCUUAAUUCCCAUGAAAAAGGAGCAGAAGGAGAAGGAGAAGAAACAUCCACAGAAUCAGGAGGAGGAGGAAAACAAGAUAGUGAUAAUCAAAAAUAUUCCGAACUUGAUAUUAUUCAGAAGGAAACUUUUGAAGAGCCUUUUAUUGAAAUAGAUGAAAAUGAUGUGAUUAUGGAAGAUCAAGAGUUGAGUCAAAUGAUAAACAAUGAUGAAGAAGAAAAGGACAAUAUAGAUAAUACACCGUUACCAGUAACAAUAUUUACACCUAUAACAAUUACACAAGGACAAGAUGUAUACAAAGCCGGAGUUUUGGGCAUUACGUUGGAACCAGAACAUCUUUCCAAACAACUUAAUUUAAUCUCAGAAUGUGUAGACUCAUCAAGCAAACUAUGUUAUUUAUUAGAGGAUGCGGCUAAUAUUAUUGCAGUGAAUAAUCAGUCACUAUAUUACCAGAUAGGUCAAUUCCUGGGACACGUCGAUCCUCAGCUGAUGAAUUCUUUGAUCCAAAAUCAUGUUUAUGGAGUUUUAAAGGAUUAUGAUUUCGAAGGAACCUGUUAUCCAAGGGAGGACAAAUCUGAAUCGGCCUCACCUGGUAUACAUCCAAUACCGUCUAUUCUUAUACAUACAAGAAAUAUAUUCAGUAUGCGUUUAUGGCUCGAUUGGUUACUAACUUUUGGCUCCUUAAGUGUAAUUGUUACAAGAACAUUUAUUACCGGUCUGAUCACAGCAGUAGUUUCAGGCAACACGAAGGACGAUGUAGAUCCUCAAAACAAACCAUAUCAAUGUAUUGAAUUAAUUAACCGUUAUUAUUCACUCAACAGUGAAAUAUAUGAAACGAGUUCACCAAGAAAUCUGCACUCUAGUCGUAUAUUUCGAGGUUUUAUAUCUUGUUCCCUACAACGCAAUCGAGAUUGGUCUGUGCAGUCUAUUAGUGGAACAAAUUUACAGUUGAUAAUCACAGAUCCAAUAUUUGAUGAAUGCGACAAAUCUGCAGUAAAGUUGCAACGUGAUCCUGUAAAAGAUCCUGGUCCAGAUGUUUGUGAAGCUUCGCGUGCUCCACGUUACCGCAGGCAAUCACAAAAGUGGACAUCAGUUGCUGGUGAUGAUGAAGUGGAAAUUCCAGUGCAUUGUUCUAGCACAAAUAGACUAACAUUUCUCAUGAACCACUAUAUUUUUCUUUGCCUCAUUGUUCCCUUUCUCCUAUAACACUGUUCUCCAAGUUUAUAUGAUUAGAAAUUUGGCCUAACAAUUGCGAUACUCUACAUAAAAAUUUUCCUCUUUCGAAAACAAAUCAACUGUAUAGAAAUCGAGGAUACCUUCACCAAUAAAUAUUAUACUGUUCAUUAAUUAUUAGUAGUGGAAAUUAAAAUGCAAAACAACCUGUUGCGUGAACUCACCUGUUAUUACUCUCUAUAUUCACUUUAUCUCACUAAUUGGAGACUUAUUGUUCCAGCAAAAUCAUUUGUCACAUUAAAGCAUGAUAUUUUAGAAGAAAAUAUAUAAAUGAAUGAAGGACGGUACUAUUUCUUUUGUUACUAAUUUAUGUCGGUAAUUUUGGAGAUUUUUCUGUCCACAGCAUAUCCUGAUUUCCGUUUACUUUUACCGAAACUAGCGGACAUUUAUUUCAAGCCUUUCUUUAAGUUCGGCUGCAUGUAUGCAUAUAUAUGUUCUUCUCUGUCAAGCAUACUAUCACUGGUACACUCGUUUAAAAUGAUAUUUCCAAACAAAGCCUAAAUUUUUACUGAAUGAAACUUACAAGUAUAUAUUUUUGUGGUGCGAUU